AUGUUCCAGGACGUGGGUGCAUCAACGGUGUUUGACUCGUUUCUGAGUGGGUCGUCGUUUCGGGACGUCAUUACGACAUUCAACCAGCUGUGCAGCCUGCUAAACCUUGAUCCUACCGAUCCGGAAAAUUUUUUCUUUAACUUGACAGAGUCACUGACGUCAUGGAAAGCACAGAACUUGAAAGAGUUAUUUCGCAAACGUGCUCUGCAGCCCGAAUAUGGCCAGCAGAAAUUGUGCUGCAACGCGAGGGUGUUAAUCGUUGGCGCCGGACCGUGCGGCUUGAGAAUGGCUAUCGAAUGCGCUCUGCUCGGCUGCAAGACGGUAGUGGUGGAAAAACGAGCACGAUUUACUCGCAAUAACGUUUUACACAUUUGGCCGUUCUUGAUCGAGGACUUGCGUAGUCUUGGGGCGAAGCUCUUCUAUCCCAAGUUUUGUCCGGGAUCGAUUAAUCACAUAAGCAUAUGUCACCUGCAAUAUAUUUUGUUGAAAGUAGCCCUUCUUCUGGGAGUGGAAAUUCACGAAGGCGUUUCCGUCGUCCAGUUGGUACCACCGACCAAUCACGAAGAUGGCAUUAUCAGCGGCUGGCGAGCUGAAGUUUCACCAAGAUCCCACCAGCUGACCGACUACGAGUUUGAUGUGUUUGUAAAUGCCAACGGCCAGCACACUGGCGUACCUGGUAUUCGGUGGAAAGAGUUCAGAGGAAAACUGGCGAUUGCGAUUACGGCUAACUUCGUCAACAACCAUACGGAAGAUGAAGAGAGGGUACCGGAAAUUUCUGGCGUUGCUUACAUUUUCAAGCAGCAAUUUUUUCGUCAAAUGCGCGAGAAGACCGGAAUUGACCUAGAGAACAUCGUUUAUUAUAAAGACGAGACGCAUUACUUUGUC